UGCAAAAGAUAUGGAGAAGAACACAGAUGAAGAGCAGCCUUCAACUGCAGGUAACCAGUACCCUAAGGAAGCAGUGAGGAAACGUCAGAACUCGGGUCGUGGCUCUGGGGGCAGCGAUUCUUCCAGGACCUCCAGGAAAAGCUUCAGGUUGGACUACAGGUUAGAAGAGGAUGUGACUAAAUCAAAGAGAGGCAAAGAUGGGAGAUUUGUCAACCCAUGGCCAACGUGGAAAUCGCCAACCUUGCCAAAUGUUUUGAAAUGGUCCCUCAUGGAAAAAGAUAACAGCAAUGUGCCACGCUCAAAGCAGGAACUCGAUAAAGAGCUUCCAGUGUUAAAACCUUACUUUGUCCAAAAGCCAGAACUUGCUGGGAAAACAGGAGCUGGUAUGAGAGUCACAUGGCUGGGACACGCCACAGUUCUGGUGGAAAUGGAUGAACUUGUCUUUCUGACUGACCCAAUCUUCAGCCAGAGAGCAUCCCCUCUCCAGCUCUUGGGCCCCAAGCGCUUCCGAGGACCUCCCUGCACUGUAGCACAGCUGCCCAAAAUCGAUGCGGUGUUGAUCAGCCACACUCACUAUGAUCACUUGGACUACAACACCGUGGCGAGUUUGAACGAACGCUUCGGCAGCGAGCUGCGCUGGUUUGUGCCUCUGGGGCUCCUGCAGUGGAUGCAGAGAUGUGGUUGUGAGAACGUCAUUGAACUGGACUGGUGGGAGGAGAACUGUGUCCCUGGCCACGAUGCCGUAACGUUUGUCUUCACCCCGUCUCAACACUGGUGCAAAAGGACUGUGAUAGAUGAUAACAAGGUUCUCUGGGGCAGCUGGUCUGUCUUGGGACCUUGGAAUAGGUUUUUCUUUGCAGGAGAUACUGGAUAUUGUUUUGCUUUUGAACAAAUAGGUAAAAGGUUUGGACCUUUCGAUCUUGCAGCCAUCCCCAUUGGAGCUUAUGAGCCAAGGUGGUUUAUGAAAUACCAGCACGUGGAUCCUGAAGAAGCAGUAAGAAUCCAUAUUGAUGUUCAAGCAAAGAAGUCUGUAGCAAUUCAUUGGGGGACCUUUGCUUUAGCAAAUGAGUAUUAUUUGGAUCCUCCAGUUAAACUGAAUGAAGCUCUUGAAAGAUAUGGCUUGAAAAAAGACGACUUCUUUUUGUUACAUCACGGAGAGUCACGGGACUUGAGCACAAAUGAUGGGUUUGAAAACUGAAACAGCAGUUCCUUGUAAGCCAUGUAUGAUUUGAACUAGCAAUUAACCUUACUAAAACUAAUAUGAUGUACUUACACAGUAGAUUUUUUGAUUGAAUGGAAUUUCUAAAUGCCAAGUUUGUCAGUUCCAGGACUAAAACUUGCAUACCAAUUUCAU